CGAACUUUACGCGAUUGCAAAAAGUGUUAAAUUAAGUUUUUACUAUCAUAUAAAUACAGCCCCUAUUAUUUGAAGAGUUAGUUCAGUUUGAGAUCUUCGGACAUAUAUGAUAACAUUUUUGUAUCAAUACAUUUGUUGCCAUUAAAAAUUAGACUAUUCAUUAAAGAUAUUUAUAAAAAUGUCGAAUAUCAAGUAUAAGCAGAUUUUUUCAAUUCAUGUAAUAUAAACCAGUAUUUUCAACCAGACGCACAAGUAAUUGUUUAUAAUACAUGCGAAUUGCAAUUGUGCUUAUAUUAUAGCUAUUCAUAUAUAUUUAAUAACGGUUGCUAUAAAGUUGCUGUGGGAAUUUCAAGAGUUAGUUGUUAUUGAGAUCUUCACUACUUCAUACGUUGAGAAUGUUUAGCGCAUCAGUUUUCUUUGUGUUUGUAAACUUGACGUUUGCGGCAUCUCGAGUUCUUGUGCCUUCUAUAACUGUGGAUAAUUCAGAUAAAAAUGAUUUUAAGCUGGAGCCAACUGAUGACGGAUACAAACUAACUAUUAAUCGCAUUGAUGGUUUUCGUGACGAGACUGUGAAAGAGAUUGCACCCGGGGAGCUGCAGGUCAAGGGUCAAUAUAAACAGAACUUGGGAAACGACGUAUACCUGUUAGUCACAUACGAAGCAGGCCGCAGUGGAUAUAUUGCUAGGUAUCGAAUUUAUAUUUUUAGAUCAGUAACACCUCAUUUUCUACCAGCAGCGGUUCUUAAAUCAAACGUUGGCUAAUCAGCAAUGUUUAAAUAUAAACUGAAAUUAUAAACGAUAUAUAAUGAUAAGUGAUAACAAUAAUAUUUGAAUGAAUAAGA